UGAAACCUUGCUGAAAGCUGUGAACCUUCAGAGAAGAAGGGUGUUCUGCCCCCGGCCACGUGUCCGCUCGCUCCGGCUUCGACGAGUGAGUUGGUCCGACUGCGGCCAUCCUUGCCCCCAUGCGCCAUGGCAAGGGGUGCAGGUCGCCGGCUGGGCGUACUACUGGGACUCAGCAGCCAAGUCGAUGGGAUGAGCUGUUUCUCAGAGAUCAAAUUCGGCUGGUGCGAGUUCAGUUCGAUCGAUCCCAGUCAGCCUCCCAGCUGCCCGGACUAUGUGUUUUCCAUCGCUGGAUUUCAGAGAAAGCUGGACUCUCACUACGUGGAGGGGAAGCGUCCACCGCUCCUGGAGGCCUUCUUUGUACAUCGACUACAUGAGGACUACAAGCAAAGCCUCAUAGAGGCUGACUGUCCCAAUCCCCUGAUCCUGGCUGGAUUGUUGGUGAGCGAAGUCUACUUGCUGGCACCUCCAUGGACAGACAUCGAUCGUGCCUUCAACUUGGUGCGUGGAGCGGGCAUCAUCACGGCGCAAGUGGCCAACGACUUCGCGAUGGCCAUCUCGGAGGAAGGCCGACGGCUUUAUGGCGAGGCCAUGCAGCUGGCACGUGAGGCCUCGCCCUUUCAGCAGCACUUGAUGGCGGCCAAGCCACCGGCAUGGCCACUGCACAUCGCGAUCAAGCGCAUCCAGGCGGCGGAGGACGCCGUGGGCGACGCCGUGGGGCAGGCGAUGGAUGUCUUCGGACGGUGGUCCUCGUGCAGCACUGAGAUCGAAGGUCUCACGUUCCACACGGCUUGCACGGGACUCGACGUGGUGGGCAGGGUCGACUUCGUGGUGGCUCACUGUCGAGAAGAUCUCGCUUGGUUAAGCAAGCGCCUCACCCGCGUGCCCCCUGGGGCCAGGCUCCUGGUCUACGAGAAAUGCGGCCAAGCAAUUGCACCAGAAGAACUGGCACAAAAGCUGCCCGCCGGGCAUUUUCAGGCCAUCCACCAGAUCGAGCGAGCCGACAUAGGUGCUGCGCGGGGUGAUGAAUGUUCGGCCUAUUUGACCCACAUCCUGGGCCAUUACGACCGGCUGGCGGACCAGACGAUCUUCUUGCAAAGUGAUCCGAUGGAUCAUCUUCACUUCGAGUUUCUGGAUCUGGUCCUAAGGAGUAUUGCGGCGGGCACCUACAACACGUCCUUCCUCCCGCUGAAUGGACCCCGUCAUGUGCGGACAUUGACGCCCUGCUUGCAAGCCGUCCACGAGGAGAUCUUCCAAGCAAAUCUGACAGAGCUCCUGGGCCCCUACUGCUGUGCGCAGUUUGCUGUGUCUCGGGAGACGAUUCGUAGACAUGACAAGGACUUCUACCUGCGGAUGUUGGGCUUGGUGGAUGGGUCCAAGAACGUCGACCUGUGCGGCAUGGAAGGAACGAAGCGUAGCACACAGUGCUAUGGUUUCGAAUUCCUUUGGCAUGUGGUCUUUGGGCAAGUGCCAGAGCCAGCCUCCAGGGAGGAUGACCCUCAACUGCCGGUGCACCUACGUCUCAAGCACGGGAAGGAGCACACACGGCGAAACUGGGUCGGAAUGCCACUGGCCAGGGAUAUCCCUCUGAAGAUGUUUCCAGACCAAGAGCAUGGGAAUCCCAUGCAUGGCGCUUGAGACAUCC